UGCACACUGCGGGUUGAAUCUGCCUUUUGGAUGGCACAAAACGCAGGCCAAAGAUGGUAUACUACGGGGCGCUGAGUCGGGGUUGCGAGCGGUGUCGGAAGCGCAAGAUCCGAUGCGAUCAGCGAAAACCGUCCUGUAAGAAAUGCGAGCAGCUGAAGAAACCAUGUCCUGGCUAUCGCGAUCUAAAUAGCCUCUCGUUCCGCAAUCAAUCCGAGAGCGUUCGCGGAAAGUAUGGCUACCAUCAGAAAUCGGCAUUGCCAUCAAACAUUCGCUGUUCGUGGCUGGAAGCUGCGAACAAAAAGGACCUACACGAAGACUCUCCUGGCUUGUUAAAAGUUUGGCUUCCCUGUGCCAACGACGACAUUGGACCGGCGUUCUUUUUCUCAAACUACGGCUUCCGCGAGCUACCUUUCUCAACUGGGUUCCAGCAGUGGUUGGAACAAUCGUAUCUCGACGCCAGUUCUGCAGAUGCUGUUAGAGCUGGCAUCGAGGCGGUUGGACUCGCUGGUGUCUCCAAUGUGCUGGGCAACACACGACUCAGACGCCAAUCGCGCAAGAAAUAUUGCGACGCUCUUUCAUCCUUGAACGUGAUGCUCGGGCACCCCGCACGCGCGAAAUCCGAUGCUGCCUUCACAACGGUAAUCUUGUUAAGUCUAUUCGAGACAAUCAACUUUCGGCAUUCGUGGCAAUACUAUGACUGGGCCGCCCAUGUCAAAGGCGCCACUGCUCUUUUGGAGCUCCGGGGCUCUUCACAACUAACGACUGAACGCGGAAUCUUGCUGUUCAUUCUCAUUAGAUCUCAAAUCCUGACCAUUUGCCUGCAACACAACCUGCCAGUACCGUCAUCACUCGCUAGCCUGACCUCCGAAUUCCUGACCAGUCGUGCAAGGCAGACGUGGCAAGAGCAAGGCCUAUUCAGCCACGCGUCGAUUUCCGGCAUUUCAUUGCGCAUAGUGAACUUUGGCGCCGCAGUGCAUAGGAAAGACUUUGCCAGCGUUCAAGCUGCUGUGGACGAGGCGUAUGAAAUCGAUCGUCUGCUUGAGACAUGGCGGGAGAAGAGCUCCCCACAGUGGGCGUAUCGAGAACAACUAGGCGUGGUCCUGGACGGUGGCUCGCGGCUGAACGUCAACAAACGACACAUCUACCCAUCUCGCCGGGUAGCUACUUUAUGGAACAACUGGCGGAUAAUGCGCAUUGUACUCAAUACGAUGUUGCUUCAGGCCGGAUGGGUGCCCUCGGAGAGUCGGCAAUACAGGGCGUGUGUUGAUGCGAUCACAAAUGCGUCGGAGGAGAUCUGUUUGACUGUCGAGUCCUUCUCUGGCUCUGCAAGAAUGAUGUCUCUUGUCCACCCGCUGUACAUGGUGUCUCGCGAAGAGCUCAAUCCGCCCCACGUACGCGAAUUUGCACGAAAAGAGCUGCUCGCCAUUGAGUCCAGCUGUGGAAUGCGACAAGCCGGCUUUCUGGCGCGCUGUACCUCAGAGGACGAAAAUUCCGGGGGUCCGGAAAUGGCGGCAAUCCCCACGUAUGACGAAUGGAGACUGUUUCCCUUGGUGCCAGGUGGAUAGAUUCUAUGGUCUUUGUACUUGAUAGAGCAUGUAUCGUGUCUGUAUGCACGUGUGUGGCAGCCAGCCUGAUGGUCCGUGCAGCGUUGGCACGUGAAGGCUUGGCGGCGAGCGUGAAAACAGACGUCAUGGCGCUAUGACGCGGCAGUUGGCCGUCCAGG